AUGAAUAACAGCCAGGUGAGCCUCACUGCGUCUGAGGCAAGCAGUGAGGCCCCAAAUGGUGCUUCUCAUUCUGUCAAUGGCUCCAGUGGGAAUAUUGGGAUUACGCCGGGAGUGUCCCAGCAAGGCACCGCACCAACAAAUCUAUCAGGAUUAGUCUGCAACCUGCACCGGACGACGGGAGAAGAGCCGCAUCCCUUGGUCGGUGCGACAACAACCAUUCUCGGCGACAUGUUGUAUGUGUUUGGCGGUCGAAUACACUCGCGAACAAAGCCUCAAUUGACCUCGGACCUCUACGAGCUCGACCUCAUCCAUCGUCAUUGGACCAAAAUCGACGCACUGGGCGAUAUACCUCCGCCUCGUUAUUUCCACAGUGUUUGCGGCCUCGGCGAUUCCAAGCUAGUCUGCUAUGGUGGAAUGUCGCCCGCUACGCAAAACAAAAAUGCUACGAAUGCAGAACCCCAGCCCGAAGUCGUAGUGAUGUCGGACAUCCAUGUCUUUGACGUGCCGACGCGAAAAUGGAUGCUCAUUUCGGCGUCUGACAAUCCUCAAGGACGAUAUGCCCACUGUGCUGCGAUAUUGCCAUCGUCUGCAGUAUUUACAUCGGCAAAUGCCCCACUUUCGGCCAUACAACAUAAUCCGUCAUCCUCCGACCCUCACUCCGGGACCCUGGGCGUGCAGCUCGAUGGGACUGGUGGUGCCGAGAUGAUUGUUGUGGGCGGUCAAGACAGCAGCAACAACUACAUUGAGCAGAUCAGCGUUUUCAACCUUCGAAGCUUGAAAUGGACAAACACUACGGCAUGGGAUCGAAAGUGCGGAGCAUACAAGAGUAUGGUGGCGCCAAUGACAGGGAUAUCUGCUGAGCUUGUGGGACGAGGGAUCCCACUGAAUGACACUUCCUCUGCAAAGCAGGGGACUUCGAUGCUGAUAUACUCAAAUUACAAUUUUCUAGACGUCAAGCUGGAGCUUCAGAUACGUCUACCGGACGGAUCUCUAGUGGAGAAGCCGAUGACUGGCUCUGUGUCGCCGCCGGGUCUGCGAUUUCCGAAUGGAGGAAUCAUCGAUGGUCAUUUUGUGGUCAGCGGCACUUACCUGACCUCGUCCAAGCACGAGUACGCUCUAUGGGCACUGGACCUGAAGACAUCGACUUGGGCGCGUAUCGACACGAACGGCUCGAUCUUCUCCCAGGGAAGUUGGAACAGAGGAAUUCUGUGGAACAGGCGGAAUACCUUUGUCAUCCUGGGCCACCGCAAACGCAGUCUGGUGGACGACUAUAACCACCGCCGCAUCAAUUUCAGCCACGUGUGCAUGGUAGAGCUGGAAGCAUUUGGGCUCUACGACAACCCGAGAAGAGAGGCUCCUACGUCGUCGUACGUAUCUGUUUCGGCGCCAGUGGUGCCCUCGUCGCUGCAAGCAAGUCUAGCCACGCAAUUGGCAGGUGGACGGCCAUACAACAGCAAGGCCGACCAACUCGGUCAAGCGGCAUUGAGUCUCACUGAGCUCUCAGACAUGGAAAUCGUGGCACUAGGAGGCGAGAAGAUCCCGUGCAAUUCAUUUAUCCUCUCGCGGCGUUGGGGGCCUUUCUUCAACCAGCUUCUGGCCGAAUCGGCGUCGACGCACGAAAGCGCUAGUUUUUCAGAUGCCGCCACUCUACGACCCAACGCUGCUCGAUCACAAGCAAGUCGAAACUCUUCGGUCACCAUCACGCCUAGUCUAUCCACGCUUGUAGGAGGAUCCGGGUCCGCAGCUGGUUCUGGGACUGGUGUUGACGGGAUACUCGACCCGCAACGCUCGUUGAGUCGAUUAACGACCAGAACUCUAGUGGAAUUGCCAAAUCCGACGACACUCCCGGCAUCGAGUCGACCUCGCUCGCUAUAUCUACCUCACAUGGCGCCGACGAUUCAUCUGCUUUUGCACUUUCUGUACACGUCAUCCCUGCCACCUGUUGGGUCGGCGUUGUGUACGCCGCACUCACUCUGCUCACUCUUGCAGAUGGCGCGUCCGUACCAGGUCGACGGCCUGCUCGAGGCGACGGUAGAACGACUCCACGAAGCCCUAGACGGGCGCAAUUCUGCCGCGGUCUUCAAUGCAGCGGCCAUGGCGGCAGGCGGCGGACGUGGGCUCGUCGGUGCUGUAGGAGGUAGUCUCGCUGCUUUGGGCCGAAGGGAGAGCGAAGCUACCACAGUCGUCGGCGAGCAGAGUCUUGCAGGUAAAGCGGCAGGGCUCAAGCUCACGACGAGUUAUGAGGAGUCGAGGAAGAGAGGACACGGAAAGACGAAUUCGGUGGACUCGUCUUCGACCACGACUUCGGCUUCAACGUCGACUGAUGUGUCCCAUACGGAUACCGAAAGUUCCCAGCGCGAAGAUAGCGCUGAUCGGUAUCGCUCUGGGAAGGGGGAGCGGGAGAAAGAGAGGGAGGCACGAGAGAUGUGGACGGGAAGUGUGAGUUCGGUGAUUGGACUCCAGAAACGAGGCUUGAGAGGACUGAUGGAGGGACGACGUCUGAGGGAGAGAGCGAAUACUGGGCCUGAAUGA